CAAGAAACCAACAAUCUUAAAAUAUUUUCAAGGCAUGGCAGCUUGCAACAAGGUCAAAAUCAGCUUCGACAGGUCGGAUGAGACAAUCCGAUGCUCCCUCGUUCCCCAUCUAUCCGCUGCUUUUGGUCGUAAAGGCAUAACCGUGCUCACAGAUAAGCAUGAUGAAUUUUGCAAGUGCAUUGCUUCUGUUUUUAUUUUCUCUAAGAAUUACGUGUCCAUCAAGGAAUCUUUGGAUGAUUUCGUAAAGACUAGCCAACGGAGAAAUGACAAAGGCCAUGUCGUGGCUAAUGUCUUUUUUGGAGUCAGUAGAUCAGUAUUGAAGGAAAAGUUUGCCAUGGCGGCCUUUGAGCGUUUUACUUCAUAUCACGCAAGUCAAUGGUGCCACGAAAAAACCAAUAAUCAAAGUGACUGCGAAUUUGUGGAAAAGAUUGCUACUGAUGUUUAUGAGAAAAUCUUUCCGAAAGAACGGAUCGGAAUCUACUCAAGGAUGCUUCAGGAUAUAAGUAACUUGCUAUGCAGUCAACCAUGGGGAGCCAAAAGCAUAGGGUUUUGGGGUAUGCCAGGCAUAGGAAAGACAGAACUUGCUAAAGCAGUCUUUGACCAAAUGUCUAGUGACUAUGAAGUAACUUGUUUCAUCCAAAACUUUCAUGAAACUUUUGAAACGAAGGGACUUUACAGUUUGCUUCAGGAACAUUGCAAGAACCUUACAAAACAAAACCUUCCAAAAAGAGUUCUUCUUGUUCUUGAUGAUGUAAGGAAUCAUCUAUACGCCGAGUCUUUACGUGCUGAGCUUCCCUCGUUUAGUCUUGGAAGCGUGAUCAUCAUUACCUCCAGAGAUGAGCAAGUCCUUUCUCAUUGUCAAGUCAAUCAAACUUACAAAGUUGAAGGAUUAAACAAGAACGAGGCUAUGCAGCUAUUUUCCCGGUGUGCCUUUGGAAAAGAUGUGAAAGAGACUAAUCUUCUUAAAGAUAUUUCAAUGAAGGUGAUCGAAUACGCUGAUGGAAACCCUUUAGCUCUAAGAGUAUACGGCAAAGAGAUGUCAUCACAGGAGCAACCAAGUCAAAAGGAGACUUUGUUCCUCAAGCUCAAGCAAGAUCCUCCGCAUCAGAUUAUGGAAGUAGUCAAGAGUAGUUACUAUGCACUUAGUGACAACGAGAAGAACAUACUUGUGUAUAUUGCUUUUUGCUUCACAGGCAAACAUAUUGAAGACGUGUCAAAACUACUAAAAGACCUCGGUUUCUUUCCAGAGAUUGGGAUUGACCAGCUUGUGGCCAACUCUCUGGUGACUAUUUCAGAAAAUAGGUUGGAAAUGCAUAACAUGAUUCAGGCGGUAGUGAAGAAAAUAGGAGGGUGCAGUGAAGACACCAACACAAGUUUCAAAUGUGUAUUGGGCACUAAAGACAUCGAAGCCAUAUCUAUGGAUGCAUCUAACAUAAACCUGGAUGUCAAACUUUCUUCACUGGGAUCUAUGUAUAACCUUAGAUACCUGAACAUUUCCUAUUCUGAUCCUGGAAAACAUGGCAAGGCCCUUGAGUCUCUCUCUCUACCUUAUGGGAUUAAAUUUCUCAAUUGGGAAAAUUAUCCUUUGAAAUAUUUACCACAAGAUUUUGAUCUAAGCAACCUUGUUGAACUCAACAUGCCUUACAGUCAACUCCAAACUCUUUGGGGAGGAACCCAAAAACAAUUUAAGAUGCUGAAGAGGAUCAACCUUAGACAUUCUCAGAAGCUGCUUGAAGUUGAUGAACUUUCAGAAGCUCGAAACCUCGAAGAAGUUGAUCUCUGCGGUUGUAAGAACUUGCAGAGGUUCCCAUCCAUUAGUAAUUUGCAUAAGCUCAGAGUUGUUGAUCUCCCUAGUUGCACAAAGAUCAAAAGUUUCCCUGAGUUCCCAUCUAAUGUCGAAUUAAAAUUCGAGGGAUCACCCAUUAAGACCAUGUCCCCUCUACUGAUCCUAGAAAAUCCGACAAAACCCUCCAACUACAAGCCUCAUGGUCCUCAUAUCCUAGAUAUUCUGAGACCCGGAAGCUUCUUUAACAGCCAAAAAAGGAUAACAAAUCCAGGUAUGGGGGAAUCAUCACCUACAUUUACAGAUAUAGUGUGUGAAAAGGCAAUCUUGAUGAGCCAAUGGUCGUUGGAAAAACUUAACAGUUUUCGAAAAGUGGAUUUCUAAAUGCACAAGGAGGAUAUAGCCGGACCAGAUUCAAUAUAUAAAUAAAAGUCUUUUCACGGUUCCUUGUCAAUGUAUAUAACAUUGCUCUGUUUUAGUGUGUUGAGUGGGCUUAUGUUGUUAAUACAACCGUACUACCCACAUGUUUGAUUUGAGUGUUUGUUUUUCAGUUAUGUGUUUGUGUUUGAACGACAGAACCUUCACUUGUUUUUUCUACCAUAGAAGAUUGAACCAGCACUAAGAAUCAACAUUCUCUGGA